CCGCCCUGGGGGAAGUGCAGAGAGCUGGAGCCCCCGAGGGACAGACACAGCUUGACAGACUGUAUCUCCCUCUGACACAGCCCCCAGGGCUCUGUGAAUUCACACUUGGGCGGCAUUUGUCUAAAUCUCCGGACAAUAAAGGAAUUUUGAAUCUGACUCGGACAUGAUGCGAGGAAGCUCAGACAGACACCCAGAUGCUGCCUGCUCCCCUCCCCAGUGCUUUGACCCCUUGACCAAGGGAUGUGUGAGGUGCACAGAACUGCCUGGACACGCCGAGGAGGACACAACAUGCCACAACAGCGUAGCCCCCACUUCAACCCAAGCACCAGCAGCUGGCCCAGGUUUGAUCUUUGGGAUCCCUGCUUUAGUGGGGCUAGUCCUGGUCCUGGCUGCACUCUGUGGCUUGCUGACCUGUCAAGUGAGGAGGAGGCGGCAGAGGAAGAGGAGGAGCCCCAAUGAAAAGCCCAAGGAAAACCUGGACUGUGUCAUUUCCUGUGAAAGCCAGGCCUGUAAGGGACCGAAACUGCCAGAAGAAGAUGAUCUCGUACUGGCCACAUGCCAACACGUGAAUGGCACCCUGAAGCAUGCUGGGCCAGCAGGAAGAGGAGAUUUCUCAAAGAGGAAGCCAGUCUUCCAAGGUGGGGCAGGAAGUGAUGUCAUUCAGCUCUCUGUUCUCUCCGCCGGCAACGAAGAACGUGACCAUGGCUUUCCACUACCAGCAACAGAGCUGGGGGCCACUGUCCUGGUGACCACAAAGACCAUUCAGAAUAACUGCACCACUGAGGAGAGACCAUGACAGCAGGCAAAAUAGGGCUGGCACUAGCUGGUUGCCCACUGAAGGUGACAAAAUCGCUUCAUUUGGAUGGAUAAGCUGUUGCACGGAAAUGACUUGAAUCAGAACGAGACUUUUGCCUUAAGCGAGGUCAGCCUCCUAUGCCUUUUGCCUUUUAUAUUUCCCCUUUCACAUGGUGGUUGAAGCCAGGAAGUCCCAGUUACACCCCUAACCAAAGGAGGAUACCUGAGUCAAUUGUAUUGUCCCUGGUCCGUGAGCUCUGUAGCUGGAGAAGGUUGAAGAGAGAUGGCACGUGAGAAAAAGUGAUUGUUCAGAGCCAACAUACCAACUGCAUGAUUGCUGCACCUGCUAGCAACCAUAUUUUAAGGGGGUGGGGUGUGUUGUGUGGGUGUGAAGAGGGAGUCCUAGGGAGAGUGGGAAGGGUAAAAAGGAAGAGCAGAGUGAAAGUUUAAAUGGAAGGUGGGUGUUUCUCUAGGCCCUGAUCCUGCACAACUGAAAUCAAUGGGAGUUUUGCCAUUGGCUUCAAUGAGAGCGGGGUUGGGUCCUUAGUGCUGGUACAAUGCUAUGUUCUGUGGGGCCCUGAGCAAAGUAACAUAGGCCGGGCCCUAUCCAGCUUCCAUUCAACUUACAGUCAAGUCCUCCAAGCGUCAGAGGGCCCAUAACAUAAACACACAGACACCUCCUUCCUGUGACCCCUUCACACUGUGGCAACCCCCCGCCAAGGCUCUGCGAAUCCCCUUGCAGGGUCUGGGAAGAGAGGAGGUGGAGCUGAAAUGCAUCUUCCCAAGCAGAGAAUGAGGGACGGAAAUCUCUGCAGUGACCAACUGGCCCUGGAAUCAGCCAGGACCAUGGACAGAGAACUGGGGCUAUCACUGUGGCAGGCACUUGGGAUGUGUGUGCACGUCCCAUUGGCCACCACUGCUUUAGUUCAUGUUUCUUCAGGAAAUACUACAUGUAUCAUGCCAACAGGAAUUAUAAUAAUAGAUAAUUUUAGCGUGAUGGGAGGGUGAGAGGGAAUAUUUAGCUUAUAACUGAUGUUUCUGUAAGGAUUUGUCUACAUGGGGAAAUUGACCAGCAUAGCUAUUCCGAAUAACUCCUUAUGUGAACACUCUGUUCUGAAAUAAAAGUGACCUUAAUCCAGAAUAGUUGCUAGAGAGAAUUGAAGAAGCUGCUACAGGGAACAAAAGCCUGAAUUCCUUGCUGCAACUGGUGUCUCCAACUUUCUCACAGCAGUCCUGACAGGAAGAGAGCAAAGCGUUUUAACUAAAAUACAUUUGGCUGGUGGUGUAAAGGUUAGUGCUUAACAUGGCUAUGCAGGUGGCCUGGAUUCAAGUCCCAGUCUCCCAUUCCCUCAUGGCUGGGAGUGCUGCAGAAACGGGGCUAAGUGCUCAGCAGCUUCUUCAUGGGAAGCCCACAUUCGAUUGCCUGUCUGUGGUGGUGUGUAGGGUAGGUGUAGCUACAGGCCGCAGUGCAAGGCAAGCUGCAGCCACAAUUGUCACUGUGGUGUGUAGCUACAAGCCACAGUGAAACUCUCUGGCAGUGGAGAGCUGCCGGAGCCUUUCCCCACUGCCAGAGCUUUUCACUAUGGCAGUGGAAGCCUCUGGCAGUGGGGAGGCAACGGGACACUACACUGCUAAAAAUAGCAGCACAGGCCCUGCUUGGGCGUGUGGGGAGCUGUGUAGGGUACAGUCCCUAGUGUUCAGAUGUGUGGGGCACUGCACUCUACUCAUCUAAGCCGUGCCUCACUGUCAACACCGCUGUUUAAACCCAUACUAGCAGGGCAUACAGUGUCUCUACAUGCCACCCUAAGUGUAGACGCACCUUCAGCAUCUCAUUGGCUCAGUCUGGAAAGGCUGUAGAAGCAUUGGCACCCUGGCAAUCACUGUGUCACUUAACCGUGGUUACUGUAGCCCAUGCAGGCCAGCAGUGACUGCCUCUGAAGGGAAGACCCCCUCAUCAUGAAACAGGGGUGCUUACUCUUUGUGUCCCAAGACCUCCAGUUGCUGCCAUUCACAACAGCUCCUCCUCAGAUGCUAUCCCAAAAUCCUUCGCACCACUUUCUAUAGUGGUUUCAAGGGAAGCACUGUUGAAAUUAACAAAAUGGUUUAUGGGGCAUUCCUGGCAUUUGGAGGAGAGCCUGGUCCUGAGUGACAGAGCAAAUCUGCUUCACUGGAAAACUGGAGAGAGAAAGGAGGCAGGAUUGCAAACAUAUCUUCUCCCUCCCAUUUCCUCUCUGCCUGUGACUGCCUGAGACUUGCUACUGUAGACACGGGACCAUCUCUAAAAGGAAAGAAGUUUAAAAAAAAAAUCCGAAGAGGUGGAGAUGGAAAAGGCCUACUCAUAGAUUCCAAGAGCAGAAGGCACCUUUGUGAUCAUCUAGUCUGACCUCCUGCAUAACGCAGGCCAGAGAACCUCCCCCAAAUAAUUCCCAGAGCAGACCUUUUAGAAAAACAGCCACUCUUGAUUCAAAACCUGUCAGUGAUGGAGAAUCCACCACAACCCUUGGUAAAUUGUCCCAAUGGUUAAUUACUGUCACUGUUAAAAAAUUAUGUCUAUUUCCAGCGUGAAUUUGUCUAGCUUCAACAUCCAGCCAUUGGAUUGUGCUAUACCUUUCUCUGCCAGACGGAAGAGCCCAUUAUUAAAUAUUUGUUCCUCAUGUGGGUAAUUAUAGACUGUAAUUAAGUCAUCCCUUAACUGUCUCUUUGGUAAGCUAAAUAGAUUGAGCUCCUUGAGUCUAUCACUAUAUAAGGAAUGUUUUCUAAUCCUCUAAUCAUUCUCAUGGCUCUUCUCUGAACCCUCUCCAAUUUAUCAACAUCCUUCUUGACUUGUGGAAACCAGAACUGGACACAGUAUUCCAGCAGCAGUCACACCCAGUGCCAAAUACAGAGGUAAAAUAACCUCUCUACACCUACUUGAGAUUCCCCUGUUUAUGCAUUCCAGGAUCACAUUAGCUCUUUUGGCCACAGCAUCACACUGGGAGCUCAUGUUCAGCUGUCAUCCACUAUGACCCCCAAAUCUUUUUCAGAGUCAUUGCUUCGCAUAACGAAGUCCUCCAUCAUAUAAGGAUGGUCUACAUUCUUUGAUCCUACAUGUAUACAUUGACAUUUCGCUGUAUUAAAAUGCGUAUUGUUUGCUUGGACCCAGUUUGCCAAGUGAUCCUGAUCACCCUGAAUCAUUAACAUGUCCUCUAUACAAGUGGAUGAGCCCAUCUUGCGCCAAAGCAAGAUUGUUCCCCGCAGUACAUUUCUCAGUGGCUUGUCUAGUCUAGCUUGAAAAGCCGCAAGUGAUAGGGCAUCCACCAUCUUAUCUAAAACCACAGUGAAACAUCCCUCUUGUGAGAUGCCACUAAGCUAUGAAUAUCAGAGGUUCAUGCGGGCACCAUUUCAAUCUAUAUUGGAUUCUUCUGAGGCAAGUAGUAACCUACCUGUUUUGAAUAGGUUCUCCCCCGCCUCCCCCCACCCCGCUACUCUGACCCAGUGAUGGGUGAGAACACAUCAGUAUUAAUUCCCCCCUCCUGGCUGGGGUUAGAGGAAUUUAUCUCAUUGCUGAAAUACUCUUGUAGAUGCUUCUUGUUCCUUAUUUUCAGUGCAUGGGACUGACUGGUUCUGCCCAUUGCCCAUGCACGGGGAGAACGGUGAGAGGGCACAAAGAAAAUAAGUUGUAACGUUAACGAAUAAAGUGAAAUUGCUGUCAAUCCA